AUGGCGGCUUUUUGGCGCGCCGGUCGGCAUCGUAUUAGAUUCACCGGUCCACCGUCAGUUUCCGAAUUCUUCACGGAGUUUCUGAGUCGCCUCCACCCUUACUCUGUUCUCAUUUCCUUUCAAUCAUCUCAGUAUGGCGCUGAAGUAUAUAACAUAACUCCUUCACACCCAUUAUCCGAGGGAGAAAUUCUAGUCUCUCCUGGCCUAAUAUUCGAAUUGGGCUUCUUCAGUCCUAAUAGUUCUGCUAACAAGUAUUUGGGGUUGUGGCACAAAAGUAUAUUUCCCCGUAAGUAUGUAUGGGUGGCUAACAGAGAUAAUCCUCUUGCAGAUACAGACACCUUGGUUAGUUUGAGAAUUGGAAGCAAUGGGAGUCUGGAGCUCGUAGAUGGAAAACAGAGUUCUGUCCGGUCAACCAAUAUCUCUAAUUGUUCAUCUGCAGUUCUCUUAGAUAAUGGAAACCUCAUUGUCAAAGAUAUUAUGGGAGCUGUUAUGUGGGAGAGUUUUAAUAAUCCUAGUGACUCACUUCUGCCAAGCAUGUUGAUGGGAUACAAUAGUGGUUCUGGAAAAAGGAAUUUCUUGAUAUCUUGGAAAAGUGAAAAUGAUCCAUCACCGGGGUUAUUCUUGUUCGGACUGUCAGCAGAGUUGCCAGCACAAAUUUUCAUUUGGAUUAAUGGAUCUACUCCCCACUGGCGAAGUGGGCCAUGGGAUAAAUCAAAGUUUAUUGGUAUACCCACAAUGAAAUCUCUGUCUCUAAAUCCAUUUGCUCUCAUCGAUAAUGUGAUGCAGGGAACAAGGUAUUUCUCUUACAUUUUUGAUAAAAUUCCAGGUGACAAAGUUCUUGCAUAUAUGGACAUAUCUUCAGAAGCUUCUGACUCUCCAAUCUGCAACUGUUUGAAAGGGUUUAUACCCAAGUCAAAUGAAGAAUGGAGCAAAAGAAGGACCGGAGGUUGUGUGAGACAAACGAAUUUGUCUUGUGAGACGCACACAAAUGAAUCAGUCUCAUUAAAAGGAAAAGAUGGGUUUUUGAAGGUGGAACGAUUGAAAGUACCCGAUUUUCAUGAAUACCUGGCUUCUUUGGCUACAGACAGGUUUGGGGACUGCAAGAUGAAGUGCCUGAGUAAUUGUUCUUGCCUGGCUUAUGCUGAUGUUAAUAACAUAGGGUGUUUGGUCUGGUACAAAGACCUUGUUGAUAUUCAGCAGUUUCCAUCUCUUGGAGAAGAUCUUUAUGUCCGCCUAGCAGACUCAGAACUAGGUGAAGGAAAGCCAAUAAAGUUAAUUGCCAGCCUUACUGCUGUUGGAUUUAUGAUCAUCUUGGUGGCUAUAGUCCUCAGUUUGCGCAGGUGGCUGGCUAACCAAAAGCGACAUGUCAAAUUAACAGCACAGUGCUUGGAAUCAACUAAUAUGAUUAAGAUUCAUAGAGACGGUCUUCGAGAAUAUAUAGGGAAGCAUGAUUUCUCGGAGCUAAAGAUAUAUGAUUUUGAUAGCAUAAUAAUCGCCACAGACAGCUUCAGCAUCACAAACAAACUCGGGCAAGGAGGCUUUGACCCAGUUUAUAAGGGGAUGCUACCAGAAGGGAAGGAAAUAGCAGUAAAAAGACUAUCUAGUAGCUCAGGACAAGGUGUCGAAGAGUUCAAGAAUGAGAUGCUGUUGAUCUCCAAUCUUCAACACAAAAACCUUGUUAGGAUGAUGGGUUGCUGUGUUAAAGAGGAUGAGAAGUUACUGAUUUACGAGUUCAUGCCAAACAAAAGCUUGGAUACUUUUCUAUAUGAUCCGACGAAGAGAGCAGUGCUUGAUUGGGCUACACGCUUUAAUACUAUUCAGGGUGUUGCUAGAGGGCUUCUUUAUCUCCAUCAUGAUUCCUAUGUGAAGGUGAUACAUAGAGAUUUAAAAGUCAGUAACAUUCUCUUGGAUGAGAAAAUGAAUCCAAAAAUUUCAGAUUUUGAAUUGGCACACAUGGUUCGAGAAACACAGAGUCUAGAAAAUACUCAGAAGGUUGUUGGAACACGUGGCUAUAUGUCUCUGGAGUAUGCCAUGGGUGGGAUAUUUUCCAAAAAAUCUGUUGUCUUCAGCUUCGGGGUCCUGGUGAUGGAGAUUAUUAGCGGCAAGAAGAAUACCAUUUUCUGUUUAUAUGACCAACGUCUAGGCAUCCUUGCAUAUGCAUGGAACUUGGGGAAUGAUGGCAGGGCGGUGGAGUUAGUAGAUGAAGUAUUGGGUGAUAUAUAUUCCUCAUCAGAAGUACUGACAUGUGUGCAUAUUGGGCUUCUUUGUGUACAAGACAAUGCUGCGGAUAGACCAACUAUGGUGGAUGUAGCUUUAAUGCUAAGCAGCGAGAAAGAUGGUCCAAAUCCGAAGAGGCCUGUAUUCACUAUCGAAAACUCAGUCUAUCAUCCUGGACUAUACUAUAAAAAUACUAAUUCCUCCAAAGUGAAGCUAGCAUGA